CUGUAACCAGAAGACACUCCACCUUACAUUGUAUGUAUAUUUAAAUUUGAUGUGAGGGUGAAGGGUACUCACUAAGGUGUUUUGAGUAUCUUUUUGGAUUAUUCUUUUAUGUAUGUAUCCCACUGGAAAAUACUGUAUUUACUGCAUUUAUUGUAUAACAUUGUGUAUUUUUAUAUAUACAACCCCCUUCUCAGUAUUUGAAGCGGUCACUACAUUAAGAUGUCUUUUUUGGACAAUAGAGAAUAUCGUACUAAUAAUAUUGAUGCUUGUUUUGAAUCAACUAUAGAACGAAAUUCAGUUCCACAAUAUAGUGAUCAAAACAAAUCUAGAUAUAAUUUAGAGAGACACCUUAUAAAAGAGAUGAAGGUCAAAUGGGAGAUUGCAACCCUCAAAAAAUAUGUCCGUGAUCAGAUUACCCCUAGAGGCCUUAGGUUCUAUAAGGACCCUAGUUUUGAUAGAGAGGACCCCCACUUUAUGGCGGGUUGGGAGAAACUACUUGAUGGCUUCUCAUUUAGUACAAUGGGGUAUAUCGUAGCAAGAAGAGAAGAAACUCUCCCUAAACUUGAUGAAGAAAUUAGCAAAUGGAAAAAUUGUUUGGCAGAAUCUACAAGCCCAGAAAUUUAUAACGAUAUUCUAAAAGAAAUCCAAUUAAAAGUAGAUAAACUUGAACUAGAUAUUAUUGAAAUAAAAAAGAAAAAAUAUUUGAGAGAUACAAUCGAUUAUAAGACAGGAAAUGUAAGAAAAAGAAAUAAUAACAAUAAAAAUAAUAUACGUCAGAAUACUUUUGUUAAAAGAAAACAAUAUAGUCAGGAUAAUUAUUCCCAACACCCAUUAACUACUCGAGAUCCAUUAGAGAGAAAUGAUAACACUAAAUGGGAAAAACGUAGGAAAAUUCCACAUAAAGACAACCCAUUAGAGAGUUAUGAUGUAAACACAAAAUAUGACAAAAGUAAGAGAGUUCCAUAUGAGAAUAAUACAAAGAAAUACACAAAUGGAGUACAACAAAACAGAUGGCAACCAUAUAAUAAGAAAAAGAUCUACGAUAGUAAGACUGCUGAAUCCCCAAAAGCUUACAAACAUAUACCGAUCCAGAGGAGACAACAAUGUACUAAUUUUGAAUCUAUUGUGACCACCAAUAAUCAGGACAGUAGGAAAUAUAGUGAUGUGGUGAAAGAAAGAGCCCAAAGGAAAGAACAAGAAAAACAUUCGAGGGAGGAGCCCCCUUACCAUCUUCAGGAGAAGCCAAUUCCUCAACACAGAGAGCAAAGAAAAGUAAAUGAUAAUACCCCUUCCCCCCAGAUACCCCACCAUCACCUUUUUUUCGGAGGGACCUGA